AUGGAAGAGCAUGUCAUCAGUGGGGCGAACCUGCCAUUCGUCUCCGAAUUCAUGGAAAUCAUGGACGAUUCUGCCAUCUCUGGCGAGAGUCAACUCUUAGUCAAUGUUGUGAUGGCAACCGAUAUUGCUGACAAGGAGUUGGGUGCUUUGCGUAAAGCACGAUGGAACGUUGCCUUUGACAAGACCGAAAAUGAAAUGCUUUCUUCGGACUUGGACCGCAACCGUAAGGCCACCAUUGUCAUUGAGCACUUGAUUCAAGCUUCGGAUGUCAGCCAUACCAUGCAACAUUGGCAAGUCUACAUCAAAUGGAACGAGAAAUUCUUUUUUUGA